AUGGGAAAAUUAAAGAAAGUAGUAUAAUCUUCUAGUCCUUCAACUAAUACGGCACCAGAUCUUACAGCUAAUAACUCAAGCUAAACAAUGGCAGAUCCCUAAGAGGAAAUCGAUAGCAACGAUAUAGACUUAGAAAAUGUUCAUAUGUCUACAGAUGAUAAGAAUCUCUCAGAUAAAUCAAAUUCGCCACCAACAACAGACACCAAUACUCAAAAGGACAGGAAACCUGCUUCUUGUAAGUAGCAAGGUCAAUUUAAGCUUAUUGGAGAUGGAAGUUCAAGCAAGUGUACGCAGCCUACUCCCAAGAAAAAGAGUCCUAUUACUGAUGCGAGUAAUGAAUUCCCAGUUAGAAUGGAAAACCCCAGUGAAACUAUAAUAGCCAAUUUUUGCUCCACUUAGACUAGAAAAGUUCAAUAUGAUUAUGAGGAUGAUGGUGAUCAAGAUAACUAGUUAAGACCUGAAGACAUCGAAGACCCAGAAACAAUCAAGAAGCGUCUGAUGCUGCUUGUGUCCAAAGGGCAGCUGGAAGCUGAACAGGAACAGAAAACAGUCAUGAAUACUCUUCACAAAGCCAAAGACGAUGAAGCCAUGUAUGAAAAGACAUUCUUAAGGGAGGCUUCUACAACAAUUAACACCUAGCUUGAUAGACCACCAAGAGGCAACAUUAAUCCAGAGUCAGAAGAUUUCUUGUUUAUGUGUCUCGAUGUUGACUUUUAUAUUGAAAAACCCCCGAAGCACAUGAAAGAGUUAGAUUAAGAAUAAGAUACUACGAUCAUUAGAAUGUAUGGCGUCAAUAAUAAAGGCAACUCAAUACUAGUACAUGUAUUCAACUUCAGACCUUAUUUCUUCAUUCAACUAACCUAUAAUCAUCAUAUCGAUUAGUCUCACUUGCCUGAGCUAAAAAGAUAUCUAAAUAGUAAAUUGCCAAAUCAACAGGGAGUUGUUGAUCUAGAACUGGUUGAGAGAUAAUCAAUAUAAAAUUAUAAUGAGAAAAACCAAAGGUUUAUUAAGGUUUAUACCAUGCUACCGAAGUUUGUCAAUCAACUGAGAAGUUUCGUUGAAAAAGGCCUGCAGUUCAAUGGAGUUGCUUUUUGGACUACUACCUAUGAGUCAAAUCUACCUCAUGCUCUCAGAUUUAUGAUAGAUAAUCAGAUUGUAGGAAUGUCCUGGAUCAAAAUUAAUAAAGGCGCCUACUCAGUCAGAGAUAAAAGCAAAUAAAAAUCAGUUUGCCAAAUAGAACUAGAUGUGCUGAGUUCCCAAGAAAUGAAGUGUUAUAAAUAAUGUGAAGGUGAGUAUGCCCAAAUUGCACCAUUGAGAAUACUCUCAUUUGAUAUUGAGUGUUCAGCUGAAAAGGGAAAGUUCCCAUAGCCAGAUAGGGAUCCUAUUAUAUAGAUUGCUAUGAUUUGCUAAAUCAAUGGAGAAACUGAGCCAUUCAUAAGAAAUGUGUUUACAUUGAAAAACUGUGCUCCUAUUAUUGGCACUAAGGUAUAUUCAUUUAUGGAUGAAAGAGAUCUGUUGAAGGCCUGGAGAGAUUUCGUCAUAGUCAUAGAUCCUGAUAUUAUUACAGGCUACAACAUAGUCAAUUUUGAUAUACCUUAUAUUAUUGGUCGAGCUGAAAGUUUGAAGAUUUAAGACUACCCGAAGUUUGGCAGAAUUAAAGAAUUAUUCACUAAGUUUCUGGGAGAGCAGAAGGAGGAUGUCUAGCAUACUAUUAUUUCUGAACUGCAAAACUAAAAUGAAUUCACUAGGAGAAGAUUAGCUAUUUACUGUAUUAAAGAUGCCUACUUGCCACUGAGGUUAAUGUGGAAGCUAGAUUGUCUAUAUCACAUGUGUGAGAUCUCUAGAGUGUGUGGAGUUCCUUUGUCAUAUCUGUUUACAAGAGGUUAAUAAAUCAAAGUUGCUUCUUAGCUUUACAGGAAGUCACAAGAGCUGGGGUAUCUCAUACCUACUGACAAAAGCAAUAAUCAAGAUGGCAAAUAUGAAGGCGCUGUAGUUAUUGAGCCAAUCAGAGGCUUUUACUAAGACCCAGUAGCCAUACUUGAUUUCGCUUCACUUUAUCCCUCAAUCAUGAUGGCUCAUAAUCUAUGCUAUUCUACUCUUAUCCCUAACUACAAACUAAAAGAUGUGGAUGUGAGUAUGUAUGAAAGAACCCCAAAUGGAGAUUACUUUGUCAAAAAAUCAGUUAAGAAAGGAGUUUUGCCUAUAAUACUUGAGGAACUAAUUUAAGCAAGAAAAAGAGUCAAACUGGAUUUAUCAAGAACAACUGAUCCAUUUGAAAUGAGACUUCUUGAUUCUAGAUAAAAUGCUUUAAAGACUGCAGCUAAUAGUGUUUAUGGAUUUACAGGGGCAUAAGUAGGACAGCUGCCUUGUCUUGCCAUUUCUUGCAGUGUUACUGCUUAUGGUAGAACUAUGCUAGAUAGGACCAAGAAUCUUGUCAAGGAGAAGUUUUGUGUCAAGAAUGGUUAUCCCUAUGAUAGUGAGGUUAUCUAUGGUGACACUGAUUCUGUUAUGAUCAAGUUUGGAGCUAAGAGCAUCGAAGAAACUAUGAUAUUAGGAAGAGAAGCAGCUGAGUAUGUUACUUCAUUCUUUGAAAAUCCAAUAAAACUCGAAUUUGAAAAGAUUUAUUGUCCUUACUUGCUUAUGAACAAGAAGAGAUAUGCUGGUUUGCUUUGGACUAACCCAGUGAAAUAUGAUAAAAUCGAUGCAAAAGGUAUUGAGACAGUUAGAAGAGAUAAUUGUCCCCUGGUUAAAGAUGUAGUGAACACUGUCCUUAAGAAAAUUCUAGUUGAGAGAAGCUAUGAAGAUGCCAUUAAUUAUUACAAGAGUAAGUUUAACUUGAUCUUUAAAUGUUUGUAGGGACUUGGAAAGAAAGCUAAGAAGAUAAGUAACAAUGAUGAGAAGGAAGCAUAUGUUGCUAAGCAAGCGCAUGUAGAGUUAGCAGAAAAAAUGAGGAAAAGAGAUGAAGCCUCAGCACCAUCAGUUGGAGAUAGAGUUGCUUUUGUCAUGAUCAAGGGUACCAAAGAUGCUAAAGGCUACGAAAAAAGUGAAGAUCCACUCUAUGUGCUUGACAAUAAUCUGCCAAUAGAUUACAAUCAUUAUCUUCAACAUUAGUUGAAAUAGCCCUUAAUCAGGAUAUUUGAGCCAAUACUCUAGAAUCCAGAAUAGGUACUCUUUGUUGGAGAACAUACAAGAACUAUCUAUGUGCCGAAGAGCAGAUUACGUUUGAAAAGAACUAUAAUGAUUUGUGGGUGCAAUGCCAGAGAUGCCAAGGGUCAUUGCACUUGGAUAUUUUAUGCCAAAGUAGAGACUGCCCUAUAUUCUAUAGGAGAGUCAAGGCAGCUAAAAAUUUAAAGGAGUCUAGAGAAGUGA